UAUUAUAAAAAUGAACGAGUGUACUAUAGAUAUCCUAAUUCGUAUCGACUCCAAGAUUUCGCAAUUUUUCACUAAUCAUACAUAACGGAUACAUAACAUCACGUCUUUCCACUUACGUUUCUAAAUAUCAAAUUGAAAAUAUAUCCUUUGUGAUGAAUUUUAUUCUCUACAUUAAUAAGUAGCCUUACCGAUCUUUGUAAAAUUCACAAUUACUGCGUUUUAUAGAUUUACAAAAUUAUUUAUGCUUAAUUCGAAUGAUUAUAUACUCAGUAAUUUUAUCACUUCUGUGACAUGUAUGUAUUCAAUGCAAUUAUUUAAACGCAUUAUACAACUCUGCAUUUCCUUGGCUUCUCCAAUAUCUUGGAGAAUCUUUAUAAAAAUACCAUGCCAUUUCUAUCCGAAUGACGUGCGGAUAUUAAAGUUGCUUUAAAAUCUUUUCUAUUUUCUCAUAAUACGACUGAAAAUGAUUAAUAAAAGAUCUUACGUCAUUUUACUGAAAAUUAUAUAUGACGCUUCAAACUUAUCAUGAUAUCUCGUUUACGUUAUCAUAGGUUAUAUAUGUAUUUCACAAAAUAAGGGUACAAAACUUCUGACAAUCUGCACUUUAACGAAAAUAUAUUGUUAUAUCUCACACAUUUGUCUGUACAUAAUUGCGAAUCUAUUAUUAAUUUAACAUAUUAAUAUAACUUUCGAUGCUAUGUAUAUAAGCAUAUUGUUUUUUUUAAUAGUAUAAAUUUGCGCUUUAUGUUCCUCUUGGCUAACCGCUAGCCCUAUUCUCAAGAAUACAAUCGCACUCACACAUCUGUACCGUCAUUAUUGAUAUUUUAUGUUGAUGUUAUUAAAGAUAGAUGUAAAGAAAUUUACUAAUAAUAAUAAUAAUAAUAAUAAUAAUAAUAAUAAUAAUAAUAAUGAAGAAUUAAACAGAAUUUGGAAAAUUAGACCAAUUUAAUAGGUUACCUCAGCUUGGUUAUUGAACUGCGUCUGCAAUGGAGGCAUUAACAAUAAGCAUUAAAACAUAUUGACAUUGAUUGGGUAUCGAAUAAUCGAGCUCGAUUGGAGUAUACGUUCGGCCAAUCAGUGACGAUCGUGUGCGGUCGAUUGUCGCGCUACCUAUGUAGAUAUGUGUUUCGCACGCAUCAGAUAGAUGGCGCUUGCGAGCCCGCCACUAAAGUACCGUUGUAAUAAAAUGGCUGUCGUUCAUUCAAACAAUACGAUUAAAUUUCUCCGUUGAUAUUCGUGAACAUCCUAACUGUGUAUCUUUAAUUAACUAUGUUUUUAGUUUUAUUUCAUGUAUUUUAUCUUUUUGGGAAGUAUGUAUAUGAUAGUUAUUGUAGGAAAGAAAAGAAAAAUAUGAAAACAUUGCGUACUGUAUCGGAUGAAAUCUAUAACAUGAUAGAUCCCGAUACACUUCGGGAUUACGACGAAAACGAGAAAAUAAAGUUUUCUCCGCCAGCUUACAUCCAAAGAUAUAAUACAGUGAUCGAUAUACUUUGCAGUGAUAAAUACAAUGGCAAGAUACGAAAGAUUGUAGAUUUUGGCUGUGCAAAUCUUAACUUUUUGGUUCACCUAAAACAUAUCUCCGAUGUAGAAGAAAUAUUAUGCGUAGACAUUGAUAGAAGUGUUCUCGAAAAUAACAAAGGCAAAGCCAAGCCAUUAAUUUGUGAUUAUAUACAUUUUCGAAAAGGUCCACUUCAGAUACAUGUUUACGAAGGUAGCGUUACAAGUAAUGACAAAAAACUGGAGAAAGCCGAUGCAGUGAUCUGCAUAGAAUUGAUUGAACACUUGUAUCCGGACGCAUUAACGGAUUUUCCGUUUAACAUCUUUGGUUAUAUCAAACCAAAAGUAGCCAUUGUAACAACGCCAAAUGCAGACUUUAAUGAAUUAUUUCCUUAUUUUUCCGGACUCAGGCAUCCAGAUCACAAGUUUGAAUGGACUAGAGAACAAUUUCAAGACUGGGGACAAAACAUUAUUAUAAGAUAUCCAGAUUAUCAUGUAACAUUCCAUGGCAUUUGUAAUGGGCCAAAAGGUACGGAGCAUUUAGGUGCUUGCACUCAAAUGGCUGUUUUUCAUCGUAAUGAAAGGAACGAGAACGGUUCAGAAUCGUUAGGUAUUGAUAAUUUAUUUAAGCUCGUAACGUCGCAUAAUUUUCCAUUUAAAAUUGACAAUCGUUCGGACGAACAGAAGAUUUUGGACGAAGUUAUCUAUCAUCUUAACGAAUCUGUAUCUUUUGAUAAUAUGCGAGGAGAAAUGUCGCUUAAAUCUUUAGUAUCGUUAUUGAGUAAAUUUAAUGUUACUAUUGAAUCAUUGAGAACAAUUUUGGAAGAAGCAGGAUGGACCAUAAUUGAUUACAAAGAAGGUCCUGCUACAUUUAUUCCAAAGCAAACAAGUACCGUAGAAGGUAGCUGUUUAGAUGGCAUUACAAUGUUUGAAGAUUCAGAUGUAUCUUUGGAUUAUUACGAUGGAUAUACAAAUACGGUGGAAUCAAUUGAAGCUUGGCAUUCUGAUAAUUGGGACGAAGAACCGAGUGUUAUUAUACCUGAAAAUAAUUCUAUCGUACAAUAUAACAAUACUUAUCUGUUUGAUGGUGAACAUGUGUCACCAAAUAUUAAUGAUCUUUCUGACAACGUUCAUGAGUCUUCCGUUGAUUCAAUUCCAAGUAAUCCCAUUUUACAAGAUGAUGCUGAUGAUGCUGAUGAUGCUGAUGAUGCUGAUGAUGCUGAUGAUGCCGAUGCUGAUGAUGAUGAUGAUGAUGAUGAUGAUGAUGAUGAUGAUGUAUCAUCACUUGGAAUUAAUUUUUAUAUGUUAUCUGAUGGUGAUACAGCCAGUAAUUCAAACGUAAACAAUGACAAUAAUAGAUUUAUAGGGUCUAACGAAAGGUUAAAUAGAACAUUAGAUUUUUACCAUUCUACAACGGUAUUAUCCUCUUCGAUGUCGCCUCAACCGCUGUUGAUUCAUUUGGAUCAAUUGAACAGUUCCUAUCACGAUGAUACAGUUGUAGACGUGCCAUAUUCAUCGUUUUUGAAUAACACUUUUCAUUCGUCAGACACAUUGAGAGAUGAAUUUGUUAAUUUGGAAGAAGCAAGUAAUGGAAAAUUUGAGCAAGUAAAUAGAGAGGAAAAACAGAUUUAUUAUGAAGAUCAUUUUGUUCUAGAGGAUUGUCAAUCUGCAUCAACAACGAAUCAGCCGCAACACACAAGUUCACCACGAGUUCUUGGAAAAACUAAAGAACCAAAUUCUAAUCGGAAAUCAUUGAGGCCUGAAAAUAUAAGCAACGGCGAUAUAUCAAAAACUUUACUAUUGGCCGAUAAAAAACCGUUGUCGCCUUCUAAUGGCGUAGUAAGUAUUAGUCAAAUUUCUCUAAAGGAUUUUAAUGAUACUAACGUAUCGACUACAUCGAGUCUAUCCAGAAUCGACAGUUAUAAUGCAAUAACAAAAAGUGAUACAAUCGAAAAGAACCACAUAGUUGAAAAAGAAGUUGCAAUAUUGCCAAGAGAGGAUCAUGUGGAAAAUAUGUCUUUGGAUAAAAUCAAAUGUCUUUAUCUCCCGUGUGCCAAAGAAGAUAGUGAUAUUAUAUUACAAUCUAAGGGAACAGAAAAUUUAAAUGAUGAUAUUCAGUCUGAAACAUGUUUAAUAAAGGCCGUUGCCGGAUGUAAGGAUUAUUCAAAAAAUUUCAAUCAAAUUUGUAUAAUAUCUCCAGGUAACAUUGUAGAAGUAAAGCCUCAUAAUUCUCCGGAGCCCAUAGAGACUCCUCCAAAUAGUUGGUCACCAGAAAUUAUAGAUUCUGGCUAUCCAAAUUCUGUAUCAGCACCGGAUAUGACACCGGAAUAUGAUCUACCUAGUAUAGCGCAUGAUAGGAUCGCACCCGAUUCAGAAUCCCCAAGUGUAGCGGAAGCGCCGCGGUUUGAAAAUUUAGAACCAGUGGUAAUAGAAAAUGGUGAUCUUGCAAAUAAUAAUAGGGAUGACGAAGGUAACAAUAUGAUAGCUGUUGCCGAUAACGAUAUCGAAAAUCUUCAACCGUUGAUUAAUGUUUUGGAAAACGAUCUUGAAAAUGAAAAUGACAUUUAUGUCGUUGAAAAUGGUUUUCCCAUAUGGCUAUUGAGAAUAUUAGAAAUGGCUAAUCCAAUAGAUGUUGUUGAUGGACAACAUAUUUUAAGGGAUCGCAGAGAAUUGAUGCCCUUUGAUCUUAUAGAAGACGACCAAGAAUAUUUGGGCAUAGAUCACGAUGAAGGCUUUGAUAGUAAUUCCUCCGUAGAAGAUAGCGAGCAAAAUAAUGACGAAAUAUCAAGUAAUUUUACGGAAGGAAAUCAUAUUGAUAAUAAUAACGAACUAUGCUGACAGUGAUGAAUGGCUAAUAAGAAAUACGUGAUGCUAUCGAGGAAAAAAAUCCUGACAUAUCAUCGUUCAUUGCUGCCUAUACAAUUUAUCGAAUUUGAGCUAUAAAAUUAAGGGUAUUAAUAAUUUUCUUACAUUUUUAUAUUUCAUUGAUUUUUUUUUUUUUUUUUUUUUCUUUUUCUAUACAAAUAUUAUUGUAACAUAUCCAAUGAAAUAUGAAAUAUACUUUUUGAUUUUAUACGCGAUGAAAUCCGGUUUUGAAGCGGUCCACAUAAAUAUCAUUGAAAUUAUAAAUGAUAUAACUAAAUGUUUCAUAUAAAAGUUUAACGACGCGUGCGGAGUAUAAUUUGUAACACACACUUAAUCAUCUCUAUCGUUAUGGUGGUGUAGAUUGCAUGCUGCCUUCCUUGACACUUUUCAACUAUUAUCUGAAACAUUUUGAAUUGUAUCUCUUAUAUAAUAAUUUCAAUAAUACUUUGAUGAAGUGAUCCUUAAAUUGGAUAUCCUAUAAUAUUUUUUAUGAUAAGAUUUAAUGUUAAUACAUAUUAUUCUGUGUUAUUAUCAGUUAUUAGUUCAUCACUAAUAAUCUGUAGAUUAAUACUUUUUACUUUUGUAUUUCUGAACAAAAAUUAUGAUUCAUCUAUAUGAACGGAGGAGGGAGUUAUCAUCAUUGAGCCAUGAAUUAUCUGGUUUUUUUUUUUUCGUUAUUUUCUUUUUUUUCUUUUUUUCCUAUCAAGCAAAAGUAUUAAAAAAUACCAAAGUUUGCACAAAUAUAUUUUUUUAUGAUAUACGAUUUUUCUUUCAUUAUUUUAAAAUUUAUUAUAUAUAAUACUGAUUAAGCAAGUUUAUUUUCAGGAAUAAUUAUUAUUUCUUUUUUUUUUUUUUUUCCCCCCCAGUAUUAAUAUGAUAAGAGUAGUUUGGGACAGUGUUCAUUAGUAUAUUUUUAAAAGAAUUAAUAUUAUAUUUGUUUUAUACUUACACAUAUGCUAAAUCCAUAAUUAGUUUAAUGGAAAAAUACUCUGUAUGAGACUGAGACUACAUAUCUUUUUAAUUUCAUUAUUGUGUGUAUCAUUUAAUUUCAUUAUUAUCUUUGACAAAUAAACAAUGUAACAAUUCUGUAUAAAUA